AUGGCCUCUUCUGCCCGUCAGUUUGCCCGCGUGGCAACCCGCACAACCACUCGCUCCUUCGUUGCCGCCCCUCGACAGGCUUUCCGCCAGCAGGGCCGCCGCUUCUACUCUUCUGAGCCCGAGAAGAAGUCGUCCUCCUCUCUCCUGUACCUUGGUGCUGCUGCCGCCGCGGGUGGUCUCGGCAUCUGGUUCUUCACCUCUGGUGCCUCUGCCUCUUCCAAGACCUUUGUUCCCACCCAGGCCGAUUACCAAAAGGUCUACAACGACAUCGCCGAGCGUCUCGAGGCCGAUUACGACGAUGGCAGCUACGGCCCCGUCCUGGUCCGUCUUGCAUGGCACGCCAGCGGUACCUACGACAAGGAGACCAAGACUGGUGGCAGUAACGGUGCUACCAUGCGAUUCGCUCCCGAGAGCAGCCACGGUGCCAACGCUGGUCUGAUUGCUGCCCGUGAUUUCCUCGAGCCUAUCAAGGCCAAGUACCCCUGGAUCACCUACUCUGAUCUCUGGAUCCUCGGCGGUGUCUGCGCCAUCCAGGAGAUGCACGGCCCCAUUGUCCCCUACCGACCUGGCCGCCGCGAUGGUGAGGCUGCUGCUUGCACCCCCGAUGGCCGUCUCCCCGACGCCAGCCAGGGCGCCAAGCACCUCCGUGACAUCUUCUACCGCAUGGGCUUCAAUGACCAGGAGAUUGUCGCCCUCAGCGGUGGUCACGCCCUUGGCCGAUGCCACUCCAACCGAUCUGGUUACGAGGGCCCUUGGACCUUUUCUCCCACCAUGCUGACCAACGACUUCUACAAGCUCCUGCUGGAGGAGAAGUGGCAGUACAAGAAGUGGGACGGCCCCAAGCAGCUCGAAGACAAGGGCACCAAGACUCUUAUGAUGCUCCCCACCGACCACGUCCUGACCACCGACAAGGCCUUCAGACCUUGGGUUGAGAAGUACGCUGCCGACAACGACCUGUUCUUCCAGGACUUUUCCGCCGUCGUUCUCCGCCUGUUUGAGCUCGGUGUCCCCUUUGCCGAGGGCAGCGAGAACAGCCGAUGGACCUUCAAGCCCACCCACGCUUAA